GCAUUUACGCUCGGCGCUGAGACCAAAUCCGUGCUCGCGCACGAAAUCCAUUUACACUCCAGUAGUAGAAGAGGGCCCUGAUCUAGUCGCUCUGCUCCGUACAUUAAACAAUCCGUUCGGUUAAAGCGCCGCACAAACGGUAAAAACGUACUGAAAACGGCGGUGGUCCCUCGGCGAAUCACACUGACAGAGCAGGAGCGGUUUGGAGAGGAAGAAUGGCGGAUUCGAGCAGCACCGCAGCGGUCGGGGCCGCAGGCUCCAACAGCGCUGCUGCUGCCGGGGCGGCUGGCACGGUGGCGCAGGAUGGAGCGCCCGCAGCUGCGGGACCCAAGGCCGAGUCUGUUAAGGGCCAGAUUUUUGAUGUGGGCCCCCGCUACACGAACCUUUCUUACAUCGGGGAGGGGGCGUACGGAAUGGUUUGCUCUGCAAUGGACAACGUGACAAGCCAGCGUGUAGCCAUCAAGAAAAUCAGCCCAUUUGAGCACCAGACGUACUGCCAGCGCACACUGAGGGAAAUCAAGAUCCUGCUGCGUUUCCACCAUGAGAAUAUCAUCGGCAUCAACGACAUUCUCAGGGCACGACACCUUGACAACAUGAGGGAUGUCUACAUAGUGCAGACUCUGAUGGAGACGGACCUGUACAAGCUGCUGAAGACCCAGAGGCUGAGCAACGACCACGUUUGCUAUUUCCUCUACCAGAUCCUGCGAGGCCUCAAGUACAUUCACUCAGCCAACGUGUUGCACCGUGACCUCAAGCCCUCCAACCUGCUCAUCAACACCACCUGCGACCUCAAGAUCUGUGACUUUGGCCUGGCGCGGAUAGCCGACCCCGAGCACGACCACACAGGUUUCUUGACCGAGUACGUGGCCACGCGUUGGUACAGGGCUCCAGAAAUCAUGCUCAAUUCAAAGGGCUACUCCAAGUCCAUUGACAUCUGGUCAGUUGGCUGCAUCCUGGCUGAGAUGUUGUCCAACAGGCCCAUCUUCCCCGGGAAACACUACUUAGACCAGCUCAACCACAUACUGGGCGUCCUUGGCUCUCCUUCUCAAGAUGAUUUGAACUGCAUUAUCAACAUGAAGGCGAGGAACUACCUGCAGUCCCUGCCUCAUAAACCCAGGAUCCCCUGGGAGAGUCUCUACAAGGCGGACUCAAAAGCUCUGGACCUGCUGGGACGCAUGUUGACCUUUAACCCCGUGAAGCGCAUUAGCGUUGAGGAGGCCCUGGCUCAUCCUUACCUGGAGCAGUACUACGAUCCCACAGAUGAGCCAGUAGCAGAGGAGCCCUUCACUUUCUCCAUGGAACUGGAUGACCUUCCUAAGGAAAAGCUGAAGGAACUGAUCUACGAGGAAACUGCUCGUUUCCAGGAAACCUACCAGGGCUCCUGAGAUGCACAGCCCUAAAGAGUGACAAAGCCACACCAAGGCUUUGAACAAGAAGAUCCCAACAACAUGCUAAAACAAAAAGAAAAAUGCAUCUUCAAGAAACCAACAAAAA